AUGAACACUUUUUCAACACAACACAAAGUCUCCUGGAAACAUCCAAGAUCCAAGCAUGACCUCAACCUUAACCUUGCCCUCGAUCGGUGGGAGCACUUCAGAGAUACUGUGUACAACGCUGCCAUGACCACCCUUGGCAAGAAGACCCGCAAGUUAGUAGAUUGGCUUGAGGCUCACUCAGAAGCAGACAGCCUACAAAGCCUUCCCCAGCGAACGCAAUCAGCAGUGUGCCAAAUGAAAAUUACCCUCUUGAAGUCUGCCACAGGGGAGGUAAUCCAGGACCGGACACAACAGAUGGAGCACUGGGUAGAGCACUACUCUGAGCUGUACGCCAGGGAGAACAUAGUCACAGCAGACGCCCUGAACGCCAUCGAGUGUUUGCCAAUGCUGGAGGAGCUGGAUGCAGAACCAACCUUCGAUGAACUCAGCAAAGCACUGGACUCCCUUGCCACCGGAAAAGCCCCCGGGAAGGACGGUGACAGGAGCGUCUGCAACAACUACCAUGGAAUCUCUCUCCUCUGCAUCAUUGGGAAGCUGGUCACUCACAUUACCCUCAAUAGGCUCCCAGUUCUAGCAGUCUACCCCAGAUCACAGUGCGGGUUCAGAGCCAACAGGUCUACUACCAUGGACAUGGUGUUCUCGAUCAGGCAACUGCAGGAGAAAUGCAGAGAACAGAGGCAACCUCUCUUUGUAGCCUUCAUCGAUCUGACGAAGGCCUUCGAUCUCGUCAGCAGAGAAGGCUUCUUCAAAAUUCUCCCCAAGAUUGGAUGUUUACCCAGGCUACUCGACAGAGCCUGUGUCCUCAACACUCUCCUAUACGGCAGCGAAUCCUGGACCCUGCGAGCCCAGCAGGAAAGGAAGCUGAUUGCAUUCCACAUGCGCUGUCUCUGCCGCAUCCUGCACAUCACCUGGCAGGACAAGAUCACAAACAACAGCAUCCUGGAGAGAGCCGGAAUCACCAGCAUGUACACACUGUUGAAGCAGAGAUGCAUGCGCUGGCUGGGGCAUGUGGUUUGCAUGGACAAUGGCAAGAUCCCUAAAAAUCUCUACGGUGAGCUGGUACAAGGCAAACGGCCAACAGGCAGACCCUAA